ACCUUAAUCCCACUUAUCCUUUCACCAUAAACUGUAUGCAUUGGUCCAUUAUCUCAUUUCAUUGUGCAUAUCUUCAGCAUCUACUAUUGCAUGCAUUUCAAUAUUUUAUAUCGUAAUCAUCCAUUAAUAUUACAGUCUGUUCCUAAAAUCUGCAGUUAAAUGGUGCAUUCUGGUAUGCAUAUACUGCAGUACACAGUAAAUGACUGGGCUUGCAUUUCCCUUGAAUAUAACAUGUUUUAACCCAUGCUUUUCUAACACUCUCUUUUUUGGGGUUUAUUCUGGUGGUGCUACUCUACUUGCUGGGCAUGAUCAGGUCAUCAUAAGACCGAUGAUAAAAUGCGGGCCUUCGCGGAGAGAGUCUUUGCGUCUGAGACCAAAGACGAGUCUCACCGUGAUGAGAUCUCCAUGUUUGAUGUGGCUGACGACUGCCCCAUCCUGCACCAAGAGAUGGCCAAGCAUCUGCACGCUGAUGAUGACACUGAGAAACGCAAGAGGCUUCAACGCAGCCGCACCAUAACUGUGCCUUCAGGUUCUACCAAGAAAUCUGUUGCCCCUAUAGUAGCAGUGGAGGUGGAAACGCCCACCUACCUGGAAGUACCCGACUUCCAGAGAGUGGCCAUCAUCGGAGACUAUGCCGCCGGGGUGACCAUGGACGACUUCGAGCUGUCCUGUAAGGGUCUGUACCGUGCCUUGACCAUCAGGGAGAAGUACAUGAGGCUGGCUUAUCAGCGUUUCCCACGGACAGCCUCCCAAUACCUGCGUGAGAUUGAGGGAGAGCCCUACAAGGUAGAAGAUACGGUGCUGCCAGUCUUCACAGAACCUCCAAAGGAUGGGGAAGACCCCUUCGAUUCAAAGGCACUGCCUAAGAAUCUGGGCUUAGUUGCUCGCAUGAAGGAUGGUGUCAUCCAGGUGUUCAAUGAUGCUGCAGCUGCUGACAAACAUCAGCCCAAAGACCUGCCCUGCCCUGACUAUGAGACCUUCAUCGACGACAUGAACUUCCUCAUCGCUCUCAUCGCACAGGGCCCAACUAAGACUUACACUCACCGCCGUCUGAAGUUCCUCAUGUCCAAGUUCAAUGUGCAUGAGAUGCUGAAUGAGAUGGAGGAGAUGAAGGAGCUGAAGAUGAACCCCCACAGGGACUUCUACAACUGCAGGAAGGUGGACACCCAUAUCCACGCUGCUGCCUGCAUGAACCAGAAACACCUUCUGCGCUUCAUCAAGAAGUCUUACCGUGAUGACGCUGACCGCGUCGUGCACAAAAUCAAGGGUCGGGAGGUCACAAUGAAGGAGCUCUUCGAGACUCUCAACUUGCAUCCAUAUGAUCUGACUGUGGAUUCCCUGGAUGUGCACGCUGGUAGACAAACAUUCCAGCGUUUUGAUAAGUUCAACGCCAAGUACAACCCCGUAGGAGCCAGUGAGCUGCGUGACCUGUACAUGAAGACAGAGAACCACAUCAAUGGAGAGUACUUUGCCACCAUCAUCAAGGAAGUAGCCACUGACCUGGAGGAUGCCAAGUACCAGUACGCUGAGCCUCGUCUGUCCAUCUACGGCUGCAACCCCAAUGAGUGGACCAAACUCUCUGGUUGGUUUGUCAAGCACAGAGUCUACUCCCCAAAUCUAAAAUGGAUGAUUCAAGUACCCAGGAUCUAUGACAUCUUCAGAGGCAGGGACUUUGUGCCCCACUUUGGCAAAAUGUUGGAGAACAUUUUCCUUCCCGUGUUCCAGGCUACCAUCGAUCCACACACCAACCCUGAGCUCAGCCUCUUCCUCCGGCAUGUGACAGGUUUUGACAGUGUGGAUGAUGAGUCCAAGCACAGUGGUCACAUGUUCUGCACCAAGAGCCCCAAACCAGAGGAGUGGGACAUUGUCAAGAACCCCUCCUACACUUAUUACAUCUACUACAUGUAUGCCAACAUCGCUGUGCUCAACCAACUCCGUAGAUCGAGGGGGAUGAACACAUUCAUGUUCAGGCCUCACUGCGGUGAGGCCGGUGCCGUCACCCAUCUGCUGGCUUCCUUCAUGACUGCUGACAACAUCUCUCAUGGUCUCAAUCUCAAGAAGAGUCCUGUGCUGCAGUACCUGUACUUCCUGACCCAGAUCCCCAUCGCCAUGUCCCCCUUGAGCAACAACAGCCUGUUCCUGGAGUAUGCCAAGAACCCCCUGCUGGAGUUCCACAAAAAAGGCCUGGUGGUUUCUCUGUCCACUGACGACCCUAUGCAGUUCCACUAUACCAAGGAACCCUUGAUGGAAGAGUAUGCCAUUGCAGCCCAGGUCUUCAAGCUAAGUACCUGCGAUAUGUGUGAGAUCUCCAAGAACAGCGUGUUGCAGAGCAGCUUGUCUAAUGAGGAGAAGACCCACUUCCUUGGUAAGGACUACCUGAAGGAGGGACCAGAGGGCAACGACAUCCGUAAGAGCAAUGUGGCCCAGAUCCGUAUGGCAUAUCGCUAUGAGACCCUGUGCUAUGAGCUCAACCUCAUCAAGGACGGCGUGAAGUCUGAGUAAAUAAUUUCAUCACUUUUGUGAGAAAUUUAAAAAGACAGUUCAGAAAUCAGAAAACACAUCCCCAAAAAGUUUUUCACUUUUGUAAACUCUUCAACAAACUUAAAGCAUUGUAACAUACUGAUGUUCUCUCAAGCCAUUUGGAGAAAGGAAGUUUGUUGAUAAUUGUCUUCAUUGUACAUCAUCCACACAUCUUGUCCAAUUGUGUUCUUCAAAAUGUGUAUUCCAUAUGGAAAAACAUCAUGUAACAACGAAAGUAAAUAAAACGUGAAAAGAACAAA